AUGUCAAAACCGCUUCAGAUCGGGCGGCGGAAGAGCUCCGUAAAAGAAGAGCACCUCGAGUCAAUGGCAAACCAGUCCAAUAGCGGCUCAUUGAAUCAAGCUGAAAUGAUGAUGAAAACGAACAUUGUUCGGAGAAAAAGCUUGGUUCAGAAUUCUAUCCCGCCGAUUAUCUCGUCUAACUCGCAAAGAAGGGAGCUCUAUACAAAAGGGAAGCCACUGUGCGAUUGCUAUGUAAUUGGUGUUGCUGGAGGAUCUGCUUCUGGAAAGACUUCUGUUAGCCGUCAGAUAAUAGAGGGAAUCAAUAUCCCGUAUGUUGUCCUCCUCUCAAUGGAUAAUUUCUUCAAGGGUGUCGUUACCGAAGUGGACAAAGCUGCUGCAGCAAUCGGUGAUUACAACUUCGAUUGCCCCGAUGCAAUUGAUUGGGAUUUGUUCCUAGAAACAAUCAACAGAUUAAAACAGGGCAAAGCCACAAAAGUGCCUCAUUACUCUUUCAUCGAACACCGCCGGAUCGAAUCCAAAACUCAAACGGUUUACGUCUUUAUUAUAAAUCCUUCGCUAAGUGCCAGUGUUGUCCUCAUUGAUGGCAUUUUCACAUUGCACAACAGUAAAGUCCUGGAGUUACUCGACCUGAAAGUUUUCGUCAAUACAGAUUCGGACAUUCGACUCGCUAGAAGAUUGAUGCGCGAUUUAACUGAACGUGGCCGACAAUUGCCAGAUGUUCUUCAUCAAUAUGAUAAAUUUGUCAAGCCAGGCUUUGACAAGUAUAUUGGCCCAACGAUACUUAACGCUGACGUAGUUAUCCCUCGAGGACGGGAAAAUAAAAUCGCCAUCAAUCUCAUUAUUCAGCAUAUAAAACGCCAACUAGAAGCCAGACACAUCAAAACUAGUUACGAUGAGCUCGUGAGCAUGACAAGCGCCCACAAGCCUUCCAACCUAUACGUUUUGCCCGUCAACAAUCAAAUCAUAGCAAUCCAAACAUUGUUGAGAAACGAAGAAACGACGAGGGAUGAUUUUAUUUUCUACGCAGAGCGGCUUAUGCGAUUGACAUUCGAGUAUGCGCUUAAUUUUCUGCCACAUAGGGAAGUUGAAAUAACUCUCGAACCGAGGGAUAGUACGGAGAAGAUUCCCUAUCAAGGAAAAAGAUUCGCCGAAAGGCUUAGAAAACUUACAAAGGGCCUUUGUGGCAUUUCAAUUCUUAGAGCUGGAGAAACCAUGGAAAAAGCUCUUAUGAAGGUGACAAAAGACAUCAGAAUAGGAAAGAUUCUAAUUCAAAAUGACGAGUUCGGCUCGCCCUGUCUCCACUACUGCCGAGUUCCGCAAAGCUCGCGGAAAAACUUUGUCAUUUUAAUGGAUGCAACGAUCAGUACUGGUCAUGCUGCUAUGAUGGCAAUCAGAGUUUUGCUAGAUCACGACUUUCAAGAAGAAAAUAUUUUAUUAGUAUCGUUGCUUAUGGCCAACUGUGGUGCACAAGCGAUAAGCUACGCCUUCCCUAAAGUAAAAAUCAUCACUGCUACCCUCGACCCAGAAUACGACGCUGAAAGCGGACGAAUCAUUCCUGGCUUCGGAAAUUUCGGAGACCGCUAUUUUGGAACUUAG